UCAAUGGUCCCGGAAGGAAAGGGUUUAUGAAGUUUGGUAGCACCGGGACGAUGCUUGGUCGUACCUGUAAAGGAGUAAAACCUACCUGGUGGCGACAGCCCCUCUGAGCAGAUGACGACUAGCCAACACCUGUGUGGGCAGAAAACAACUCGUACCUCCACUCGCCAGGUGGCAACCGUCUUUUCUGAUCUAAAUUACAUCCGCAACAAACCACAGAAGAAGCCUCGUCUCUAGGAUACAGAGAAAGCGUUCCUGUUGAACUGACGGGUGUGGGGAUGCUGCCAGUGGAGCAUCUUCCCCUGGACCAUGUCCUACAGACUGUGAGUGUGUUGGAGUCAGUUGUCCUCCGCAGUUUUGGCCCUGAAGGAGGACAGGUGCUGUUCACCCGAGACACGGGACAGGCAAUGUUGAGCCGCAGUGGGACUCGCAUUCUUACUGCACUACGACUGGAGCAUCCACUGGCAAGGAUGGUGGUGGAGUGUGUCUUGAAACACAGCACUGUAACAGGUGAUGGGUCAAAGACCUUUAUCAUACUUCUUUCGUCAUUACUGCAAAUUAUUCAUACAAUGACCUGCAAGGAGCUCAAUGUGUCCCACAACUAUAACUCCAGGGAAGCAGCAAAGGCUUCGACUGCCAGACACUUUGCAGAAAAAAUGCUGGCAUUUGCAUUGGAGGAGCUCGAUGAUCUCAUUGCCAGUGGAGUGAUCCCCUAUGGAUACCAUCUUUCAUGGGAGGAUUUCACUGCAAAAACACAUUUACCAGCUCACCCAAACAAUCACUUUGUUCAAAAGCUACUGGCAUCAUUCUUUCAUUCACGUCUGGGUCGCACCCACUGUGACUUUAUUAGCGACCUCACUUGUGAACUGCUCACUUGCUGGAAGUUUAAAGCUCAGCCACCUUCCUCAUCACUUCAGUUUUUAAAUGACAACUUGGCUGCGUUGCAUACACCUGUAUCAGGCUUCCCUAUCAGUUGUUCACGUUUGAUUGAUGGGCAGGUUAUUCACAGGGACUUUGCCACUCCCUGCCCUCGGACUGAACACCAGCCAGUUAAAGCUGUAGUUUUCACUGAGUACCUGCAGCCAAAAUUGCUUAGUGCAGGACAAGUGCUGGAGUUGGGAUGUGGAGAGCAAGGAUGGAGGGACAAUUCAAGGAAGAAGAGAAGUAUUGUGCAGUUUAGCGCCUGGUCAGAAAAGUCCCUGGAGUGUGUCAUUGCAAACCUGCAGAGUUUGGGUGUCUCUGUGCUCCUGUCUGCAGUGAAACAGUCGGCUGCUGUCCUGGCUUUAGCUGCACAGGCAGAGAUGUGCGUUGUGGAGUGUGUCAGUGAAGAUGAGUUGUCUCUCUUUGCCCAGCUAAGUGGGGCCACACCUGUCUCAGACUGCUGGGUGAUUGAACUGGAGCACGUUGCUACGCUGACUUUUUGCAGACCAAUACUGCUGGGAGCCCAUAGGUAUGUCCAUGUGGGUUUCCACGAUUCAGAGGAUCGGGUGACGGUCAAACCCUGUAGUCUGGUCAUUUGUGGCUCAGGGGAAGGGCAAACUGACCAGUAUACAUGUGCGUUUCGAGAUGCCAUACGCAUGCUACUUUCAACUUGGGAGCCCAUGGGUAUGACUGCAACUCCAGCCUCAAAGAGGACUUUGCAGUCAAACAACAGCACAUCUUUACAUAUGGAUAAUCAGAUCACCAAUGCACCUCCCUCCCAGCAGUGUGUGUUGGAGUCAGGCUGUGUUAUACCUGCUGGUGGGACAUUUGAAUUUCUCUUAAACCAUGCUCUCCUACAACAUGGCAGCAGUCGCUCAGUUUCUGAUUACACAAUUAUGAGUGCCCCUGCUGUUUCCCAGCUCUUGGCAAAGGCUCUAUUGAGCGUGCCCCGACAGAUUUACUCCCACAGUCCGCUUGGUUUCCUGCAGGCUCAAACAAGGCUCCUGACUUUUAUUAAAAAUCAUUCCCACCGUUUCAACCAAGUAUACAAACAAGAACACAACACAAUCAUCAUACAGGGUCGGGGGGGGAGGGAAUGUCCUCUAGAGGAGGCUAAACUAACUAAGCAUUGUUGUGGAGAAGCUGACGCGUCAUCAAAUUUCUUUAUGUCGGACUCGGGCCUUGAAUCGGUCUCCUGUAAAUACCAGCUACUUUUGGCUGUGCUGCAGUGUCUCUCAUGUGUUCUCCAUGUGGACACCGUGCUGCACACACACACUGCUUUGCCUCAGUCACGCAGACUUGCGAACCUUUCAUGGGAGGGCACAGAGGACGAGACUGAAGACUGAGAUUGUAUUGUGUCCCAAGAUGAAAGCCAUAAACAUAUUCUUUAUCCGUAUCAUUCAAAAGUUGGAGGAAAUAAUUUACACUUUUAAUGCAAAGUGCAACAGCAAUUUUUGUGAUACAUGUAUUUGUAAUGCAAGUUUAUAUUUCCACUGAUAAAUUAAAUUACAUUUCAUGGCA